AUACAUAUAUUAUUAUAUGGUAACUCAACCACAAUCUUCAAUCAACAGUGUUCUCUCUUCCAAACCACAACUGUGAUGGCCAUUUCCUGUUCUGCAGAAUGGUCUCUGGCUUGCACUAAAUGUUGCAGAAGAACCCACGUGCAUGUAUUCAUUCCCACGUGCCGCUUCCCUUCCUUUUACUCUGUCUCACCCUCAAACCCACGCUUAUUCCAUGUAAAUUUCUCAGCUUCUUCCACACCCAUCUUAGAAGAAGAGUCUUCCAACACCCCCAUCACUCAUAUAGAUGUUAACUUUGGUGAUUCUCAAGAAUAUUCCAAGCCAGGAACUGAGAACUUGAACGAGUUCUUAUGUGGGUUAUUUGAGGGUCCAAAAACUCAGGAACUUGCAUUUGACUACUACCAAUGGUUGAAAGAAAGGCCAGAGUUUAGGCCUGAGAAAUCCACCUUAAAGCAUGUGAUCAGGUACUUGAUGAGAUUGAAGAAAUGGGAUUUCAUUUUAUCAGUUUCUGAAGACUUUAAGGUUUACCGUGUGUUGCCUGAUAGAGCUACUUGCUCUAGAUUGAUUAAGUUUUGCAUUGAACAUAGGAAAUUCAAGGUUGCUGAGGUUCUGCUUGAUGCUUUUAAGUCUGAUAGUAUAGUUGCUGUCUUAGCUUUUAGUUCUGCUUUGAGAAGCUAUAAUAAGCUGCAUAUGUUUAGGAAAAAUGUUUUGUUCUUUGAACGAAUGAAAUCCACUGGUGUUCUUCUGGAUUCUAGAGGUUAUUUACACAUUAUGGAAGCUUACUCUAAACUUGAUGAAUGUGAGAGAGUGGUUGAAUUGUUUCAUGAAUUUGAAAGUAGGAAAUUAAGAGGUUCAACAAGGUAUUUAGGUCAGAUAUAUGGGAUUCUAUGUGGGUCAUUAGCGAAGUGUGGAAGAGCUUUUGAAGCACUUGAGUAUUUUAGGGACAUGAUCAAGAAAGGGAUUUCUCAGUAUUCUAUUUACUCUUCUUUGAUAUGCUCUUUUGCGAGUUUGCGCAAGAUUGGUGUGGCUGAGGAACUUCUUAGAGAAGCUAAAAGCAGAACAGUGAUAAAGGAGCCUGAGGUUUAUACAAAGCUUGUACUUAUGUAUGUUGAAGAGGGUUUGUUGGAGAAAACUUUGGAAGUUGUUAAUGCAAUGCAGGAUGGAGAUGUCAAGGUUUCUGAUUGUGUGCUAUGUGCUGUUGUCAAUGGAUUCAGCAAGAAAAGAGGGUUUUCAGCUGCGGUUAAGGUUUUUGAGGAGCUGAUUUCUCAAGGCUAUGAACCAGGUCAAGUCACCUAUGCUUCAGUUUUAAAUGCCUAUUGCCGUCUUGGGCAACAUAGCAAAGCUGAGAGGGUGUUUUCAGAGAUGGAGCAAAAGGGGUUUGAUAAAUGUGUUUAUGCUUAUUCAAGCAUGAUUGUGAUGUAUGGCAGAACUGGGAGGGUGAGAAGUGCAAUGAAGUUGGUGGCUAGGAUGAAAGAAAUCGGGUGCAAACCAAAUGUGUGGAUUUACAAUGCCUUGAUAGACAUGCAUGGGAGGGAAAAGAAUCUGAAGCAGCUUGAGAAGGUGUGGAAAGAAAUGGAGAGAAGCAAAGUAGCACCAGAUAAGGUGACUUACACAAGCAUCAUUGGUGCUUAUAGUAAGGCUGGAGAGUUUGAAAAAUGUGUGAAACAGUUUAAUGAGUAUAGAAUGAAUGGUGGGGUUAUUGAUAGGGCCAUGGCAGGUAUUAUGGUUGGUGUCUACUCUAAGGUUGGUCAGGUUGAUGAACUGGUGAAACUUCUACAGGACAUGAAAACAGAAGGAACAAGAUUGGAUCAGAGGCUAUACCAAUCUGCUUGGAAUGCUUUUAAAGAUGCUGGGUUGCAACUACAGACAAAAUGGAUGAAAGAGAGCUUCCAUAUAACAUAGGUUCUUUCAAUUGCAAACAAUGGCCAAAUCUGAAGCUCAAAUAUGAAACUGAUGGAAGAGAUUGGUGUGAUAAUGGCAAUGAUAUUGGUGAUAGAUAGUAGGAACAUGGAUAAUAAUGAAGUGCGGAGAGAAGAGAGAAAGGUCAUUUUCUAUCUCUAGAAUCACCUACAUAAAAAGGAGAGAGAAAAACACAAACUUUAACAUGGUUCAACAUCUUUUACCUACAUCUAUUAACUUU